GACAAAUUUUCAUAACGAACAAAUUUGCGCUCAUCCCCAACAUUCAACAAAUCCUCGAACAAGAAGCUACUCUCCCAACUCCCUCCGCCUCCUCUUCUCUCGCUCCUUCUAAAUUAUCUGAUACCAUAAACACUAAACACAAACAUGAACCCUACUUUUUUAUCCAGUUUGAAAUUGAAUACUCUAUAAACCUCUUCGUCUUUGUUCCAUCUUUCGUUGUUUAUGGCGUCUGUCCUUGAAAUCGAUCAUUACCAUUUGAUACCGCUCUCGCUAAAUUCUCUUUGUGCUUUCCCUUUUCGUCCUCUAUCAAAGAAAACGCUGGUUCUCUCACGUCGUUGCUCCAAACUCAAUCUAGGGAUUGUUCUCGAUGAAUCCAAAGUUUUCUUUCCCGUACACCGCACAUGCAUUUCAGUGAAUCGGCGGGUGAUAACAGCUGUCGCAAGAGCUGAACAGGACUGGCUUGGAAACGGAAAUGUGAAAGAGGUAAUUAUCCUAUUUCAUUUAUGUUAUUGGAUAUUCUCAUUUGAGGUCGUGUUGAAAGGUAGUUCAAAGCUCUGCUGUUUUGUCGGUUCACGUGAGUAUUUUGAGUUGGUUAGGAGUCGUGGAAUCACUGCAGGAAUGACUCCUCCUCGAUAUGUAUCUCGAGUUUGCUCGGUUAUCUGUGCUCUGAUGCCCCUACUUACCUUGUACUUUGGUCACAUUGACGUUUCAGUUACAUCUGCCGCUUUUGUUGUUGCUAUGGCCUUGCUUGUACAGAGAGGAAAUCCUCGUUUUGCUCAGCUUAGUAGUACCAUAUUUGGGUUAUUCUAUUGUGGUUAUCUCCCAUGCUUUUGGGUUAAGCUUCGUUGUGGUCUAGCAGCCCCAGCACUCAACAUGAGUAAGAACUUGAACAUUUACACUUAUCUGCUAGGGAAGACCUAUAGGAAUAAACUUUUAUUCUUCCUGCGUAUCAAUGGGAUGAAUUAUAUCUUGUAAUUUUUUGAGAUUUAUGUAAUGUUCAUGCCUUGCUAAUGAGUUAGGAGACCACUGUGGAAGAGUUGUUUCAGAUCUGAUGGAAUAGACAGUUUUCUUCUCCUAAAUGUGUUUUUCUCUUGUUUAUUGCUUAUCUUCUCAUUCUCCUUGUUUUCUUUUGCAACUUGGAAAAAUCGAACAAUUUUUCCUUCUUGUCAAAUGUGGAAAACAUGAGCAUUCUAAUAGAAUAGAAUCUUAGGCACAUGUGGCUCGAAAAUGUUAAUUCCAGAGAAUAAGAGUAGGAAUUGCUUAUGCUUCCAUAAUACAUCAAUAUCUUGUCUAAUAAAUUAACUAACAUUUAGGAUUGUAGUGAUGUCAGUUAUAAAAAUAUGCCUGCUAAUGAUUGUACCAAGAGAGGAAGAAAAAGUCGUAAAGAAGGAGCUAAGUAGUUUGUUAGU